AGAAUUAACACUGGAAUUACCACAGGAAAGGACGGAGCUGCCUGUCCAACUCGGAGGGACAUUACGUCAGACAAGGGCCCCGGAAUGAGCAGAACAAUAUUUUUUGAGGCCUUGAAAGUGGUAAGAACGUUGCAGUCUAUCGGAGGCCAGAAAGCUCACGGAUUUCAUCAAAAAUAUCUUAAAUUGUGUUCUGAAGAUGAACGAAGGUCUUACGGGUUUGGAACGACAUGAGGGUAAAAAUUCUAGAUUCAAAUACCAAAGAACAACUCUGUUUUCUUGACAAGGUUGAACCCCAUUCAAGCAUAGGUGACAUUAAGAGUUUGUUUCACAAGUCAUAUCCCAAAUGGUAUCCAGCUAGACAAGCCCUGAAGCUGGACCCCAAAGGAAAAGCACUGAGAGAUGAUGAUGUACUACAGAAUCUGUCUGUUGGGACCUCAGCGACCAUGUAUUUUAGAGACCUUGGCCCACAACUGGGAUGGACAAUGGUUUUUCUGGCGGAGUACACUGGUCCCCUUCUGAUAUAUCUCCUCUUCUAUGUCCGUGUCCCAUACAUCUAUAGCCACAAAUACACCUUCACCUCCAGCUCUCAUACUGUGGUCAGUUUGGCUUGUGCUUGUCACUCCUUUCACUAUAUUAAGAGGCUAUUCGAAAUAGUAUUUGUGCAUCGGUUUUCUCAAGGCACUAUGCCUCUCAGAGCCAUUGUAAGGAAUUGUGCAUAUUACUGGGGUUUUGCAGCAUGGUUAGCAUACUACAUCAAUCAUCCUCUCUACACACCACCAUCAUAUGGAGAGAAACAGAUCAACUAUGCACUAAUUAUUUUUGUGUUAUGCGAGGCAGGUAAUUUCUCCAUCCACUGGUCAUUGAACAGUUUAAAAUGUGAAGGUACAAAAUGUCGGAGGUUCCCACAUCCAUCCAAAAACCCUUUUACAUGGCUCUUUUACUUUGUAUCAUGUCCCAACUACACAUAUGAGGUGGGUGCUUGGGUGGGCCUGUCCAUCAUGACCCAGUGCGUUCCAGUGGCUCUCUUCACACUUGUAGGUUUCAUUCAAAUGACCAUCUGGGCCAAAGGAAAACACAAAACUUACAUCCGAGAGUUUAAGGAUUACCCAAAUCUCCGCAUGCCAAUCCUCCCCUUCAUCCUCUGACAUUCAUAUAUACCGACUUCAGGUCAAAAUCACUCCAGAGACAUUAUGAUUUUGGCUGAGAGAACUAUGACACAUCUGAACAGCUGCAUGGAAAUGAAGCUGAUUUCUGACACCCUCUGGGCAGGAUUAUGAAAGUUAAAUCCUCUUUUCAAAAAUAUCUCACGGUUAUCAUGCAAGAUGAUGUCGCACAUUGUUGUGGGUACAAUGGUAUGCUACUUGGGAUUUGAAAUAAGCAGAUUUGUGGGAAUUUGUGUUGACGCAAUAUAUUUGUGUGGGUUAAAUCAUUACAACAGCCAUCCAUGUGCAAUAUACAGAACUCUAUCUCUGUAAACCAACUACUUCAGCAUGAAAGAAAAUCGUUUUUCUUAAACACAGGGAAACACUGAGCUACAUCAGGGAAUUCAAAACUAUAUUUAUAUGAAACGUUUUGGGUCAAAUAAAAAUAAUUAGUUUUACCUGAAAUCUCAUUAACUGGUUUAAAUGGUUAUAUAACCAUUAAACAAAUAUGUCUAGACUGUAUUGAAAAUGGUAGCAUUAAUUCUUGACAAGGUUCACAGUGAGCGACAACAUUGUACCGUUUUAAUAGUAUUAUUUUGGUGAAUUUUUACAAAAAGAAAAAAAUCAACUUUCUACAAUUCCAUUUCUAGUAAUUACAAAAUUAAAAAUGUAACAUUUAGUUCAUUUACAGCAAUUGUUUGUAUGCUACUCUUUUCUAACUUGGCAAGAAUUCUUUAAGCUGUGACCUGCAAUGUGUCACAAUGCAAUAUGCAUUUCAAUAGCAAUAGCCUUUGCAAUAAAAUCUAUUGCAUCAUUUGAUUUGUUUUUAAAACAAAAUUCUUUGUAAAAAAAAAAAAAAAAAAAAAAAGUGGUAUUAAUAAUAAAUAUCACUUUUGAUAAUAAAGUGCUACAGUAUUCAUAA